CAGUAUCCAAAUUAGAUGGUAGUUAGACUUAAGCCUCCAAAGCUUAGUCUUAUAUUUGGUUAUGUGACUAGCGGAAUACCCUUCAAGUUUUGUGUAUACGAAGAGCAGUCAAUGCUGAGUUGUUUGGUUACAAUAUUGAUAUAUUCUUUCUUUCUCCAAUAUUUUAGGUUUUCGUUUGAUCCUUCUGCAAAGUUAGGUCUUGAUAUUGCAUCUUGCAUUCUUACGAGGGCACCAAUGGGAGAAAAUGCUGAAGGAAAACCAAAAUACUGCAUUCGGCCUUAUACUCCUAUAUCUGAUCCAGAAGCCAAUGGAUACUUUGAUCUGUUAAUUAAGGUUUAUCCAGAAGGGAAAAUGAGCCAGCAUUUUGCAAGCUUAAAACCGGGCGAUGUACUUGCAGUGAAAGGGCCCAUUGAGAAAUUGCGUUACAGUCCAAACAUGAAGAAACAUAUAGGCAUGAUUGCAGGGGGCAGUGGCAUCACUCCAAUGCUCCAGGUGAUAGAGGCCAUUCUUAAGAACCCUGAUGAUAAUACUCAGGUCUCGUUGGUUUAUGCUAAUGUGUCACCUGAUGACAUACUGCUAAAGAAGAAACUUGAUGUACUUGCAGCCACCCACCCAAAUCUCAAGGUAUUUUACACUGUAGAUAAUCCAACCAAUGAUUGGAGAGGCGGUAUAGGUUACGUAUCGAAGCACAUGAUUGUGAAAGGACUACCUCUGCCUGGUGAUGAUACACUUAUCCUUGUAUGUGGCCCUCCUGGGAUGAUAAAACAUUUAUCUGGCGAAAAGCCAAAUCCACGUGAGCAAGGCGAGUUAACUGGACUACUCAAGGAUGUGGGCUUCACAAAAAACAUGGUUUACAAAUUUUAAUGAGUUUGUUAACGUUAUGUUCCAUUGCCUUCUAUUGAAUAAAAACCUUUUCUUUGGAAAAGCACAAUCUUCUACAACAUAAAGCGACGGUUUGGCGUUCAUGAUGUUUCCCGUAGGCCCUUGUAUAGAUUGUCUGAAGUGAGAAAUUUUUGGAACAUCUAGAAAAUAAUUCUAGGGGGAACAUAAAAAAACUUUAUAUCUGUCCACACUUGCUGACCUAGUAGUAACUGAAUUUAUGGAGGUAAAUCUCUCUUUUAUAUCAUUUUAUGGUCCUUUUAUAGUUUCA